AUGGAGUUUCCAACGACACAACUUUCAAUAUAUGCAGAAGAUAUGAUUCGAGAAUCCUUGGCGCAGAGCCGCUCAAUGAAUAUAGAUUCUGUAGACCAACAUGAAUUUGAAGUCCACCAUCGUAAGGAACAAUUUGUCGUCAACAUUUUAAAUCGGACAUGCUCAUGUCGUCAAUGGGACCUUGAUUUGAUAUCUUGUUCACAUACAUGUAUAGCAUUGUCCACAAGGAAUCUUAAUCUCCAUUUAUACACUGAUAAGUUCUACUAUGUCUCAAAUUUGAUAAACCUGUACAAGAAGGGAACGCGUCCUAUUGGUACUGUAAACCAAAUUAGGAAUAUCCACCAAGGUGGCAAUGAUGGAAUACUUCCACCGUAG